GGUUUGGGUUUAUUAGUGAACAAAAAUUGGACAUUUUUCUCGAUCACCUCUUCCGGCGAGAACAAAGCUCUGCCCAAAAAUCUUAUCCCAAACUUGCCACUCUCUCUCUUUAUCUCUAUGUAUCUUUUAGAAGCAAGGGAGCCUGACGAAUCCACUUUCUCUCUCUAAGAUUAUUGAGCUGAAACUGGUGAGUGAAAGAUGUGGUGUUUAGGGAUUCAAGGGGCCAGUGGUACUUCCAGUUCCCUGGCUUUCAUGCGCACUUCCUCCAUUAAACUCAACUCGAAGGUUUCACUUUCUCUCUCUAACCCCACACCUAUGAAGUUGUGCGCGAGAAGAGGGAGACUGGGUCUUCUAGUGCGAGAAAGUGGGAAAAGGGAGGAUUUUGAGAAGUGGGUAGUGAGAGUAGCAGCAGAAGGACAGGUGGGGGAAAACUUUUCUUCUUCUACUGGGACUGAAAACCCAAUUGAAAUUGAGCCCGAAGAAACUGCGACGGCCAAGGUUGUUGUCAAGACCCCUACAAAACCAAGGCUUGUUUUGAAGUUUAUUUGGCUCGAGAAGAACAUCGGUCUAGGCCUUGACCAAGUUAUCCCAGGCCAUGGAACCAUCCCUCUUAGCCCUUACUACUUUUGGCCUAGGAAGGAUGCAUGGGAGGAGCUCAGGUCUAAGUUGGAGAGUAAACCAUGGAUCUCUCAGAAGAGAAUGAUUAUUCUUCUCAAUCAAGCCACUGAUAUUAUCAAUUUGUGGCAACAGAGUGGAGGCAAUUUAUAGGUAGGCGGCGUCCACAUAGUUGUGGAUAGUAGUAUUUUUACAUGAACUUUGAGCUAUUGUUUUGCAAUGUAACACAGUGAGCAAUCUUUGUUGCGUAUAUUGUGAACAGAUUCAGUUGGUUCUUUUUCUUCAUCUUUCUGGAUAUGAUUCCAUAUUUUGUUUGGUUUUCUCAUGUGGAGUGCUCCCUCAUUUAGAAGAUAUCUAGCAAUCAAGCCCUAGGUGUAUAUGGUUUGAUUGUAGUUACCUGGCAAAAGAUCCUCUAUGUGCUUUCCCUCAAAAAAUAAUCGAGUCUAUCAUAUACAUACAA